AUGGAUCGGCGCUAUUCUGGGCUAACCACGGUAGGCUUCAGUGUCCUAGCGUGCAACUCGGCGCUCGCCGUCUGCAAAUCCUGGGGCGACGCAGGCGCCGUCGCGUUCGUGCUCGUCGCGGACGCGGCCCUCGUCCUCCUCUUCGUCUGCCUCCGUGAGUUCGAGCGUCGCCGCGGCAGGGCAGGGAGCGGCAGGGUCAAGGCCGCGGUGUGGGCGCUCACCGCGCUGCUGACGGCGAUGUUCGCGUCCAGGGUGGCUCCGCUCAUGCCGCCGCCGGUGGACGCCCUGGUCUGGGGCAUGGCCGUGGCCACGGCCGCCGGCGGGCUGUGGGCCUUGUUCUUCAACUAG